AUGCUCUGGGAUGAUAUCGAUGCACAAAUGAUGAUGACAAGAGAUGAAGUGAUUCAAAGAGCGCAUCAUGUUGGAUAUGGGGAUAUUGUCUACGAGGCGAUGGAUCGAUUCCAUUCAUUCAUUCAGAAUAAGAGUGGCGCCGUUUUUGGAGCCACGAAUCCAUGGAUAGAAGUUUUUGCUUUGAGACACGGCGCCACUUCUGUUUUGACGGUGGAGCAACAGGAGAUCGAGGAAAAGACUUCUCAGAAUCUUUCCUACAUUCAUCCACGCGAUUUGGCGAAUCAAUGGGCAAAUUAUUCGGAGACUUUCGACUUUAUCGCCUCAUUUUCUUCGAUUCAACACGCUGGUCUUGGAAGAUUCGGUGAUCCACUCGAUCCAUGGGGUGAUCUCCGGGAAAUCACCAAGAUGAGAUGUUUAUUGAAAGAGGGAGGAAUUGUCAUACUUGGAUUGCCAAUUGGUGUUGAUGAGCUUUAUUGGAACGCUCGGAGAGUUUAUGGAACAGUUCGAUUACCCUGGAUUUUGAGAGGCUUCAAAAUCCUCGGUGUCGUCUACACAGAAGAGAAUGAGAAUGGAGAUAAAGAAACGAUUUUCACAUCGGGAAUUCCCUUGAGUUUUGAA